AUGCCGCUAGUGCCGCAGGACGUAAGAGGAGUGAGUACCCGUGCUAUGUCAGAAGCGCAGCGUGUGAGGGAAGAGGGUGCUGCAGCUCAGACCAGCGAUGCAGAAGCCAAGCCUGUGCAGAUGGAUCUUCUGCUACAGCUGCGGCAAAUGAUGGCAGAACAGCUGCGUGAGCUGAAAGAAGAUCAAGCGCGCCGCCAAGAAGAGCAAGCACGCUGUCAGGCAGAACAGCUGCGGGAGCUGAAAGAAGAUCAAGCGCGCCGCCAAGAAGAGCAAGCGCGCCGCCAAGAAGAGCAAGCGCGCCGCCAAGAAGAGCAAGCGCGCCGCCAAGAAGAGCAAGCACGCUGUCAGUCAGAACAGCUGCGGGAGCUGAAAGAAGAUCAAGCUCGUCGCCAAGAGGAGCAAGCGCGUCGCUUGGAGGACAUGCAUAAAGAUUUCACGAAGGGACUGCAAAAGGCUGUCGAACGGGUACAAGAAGUGGAGGAAGGUUUAGGCAAGUUGGAACAUCGCGUCAUGGCGAUAGAGGAGAGAGUGGAAGAAGAGAUCUCCAAAAUCAAGCAGGAAGUGACAAGCCAAGCCCUUUGA